CAUAAACCACGAAGAAGAAAAAGCAGCAACAGGAAGUGGUUGUCAACGAAUGGCUUCCUGGACGGAAUUAAACGUUUCUUUGUGAGUUUAUCUGAAAGCGUCCCCUUCAUCGAUUUGACGUGUUCCGACGAACCGGUACCGGAGCUGUCCAGCAUGGCAGCAGUGGACGUGGAGGAUGAGAGUAUCCUGGCGUCGAUCUUUAAGGACAGCUUCCCGGACAGCUGGAGGGACAACCCGGACUUCACCGCCUACCUGUCAGAGCUCAGCUCCUUCGGGGUGGAGAAGCUGGGCAGGGAGCCGGAGCGGCUGGCGGAGGAGCGGGCCCAGAUUCUGCAGCAGACCCGGGAGCUGGCCUUCUCCAACUACCAGACCUUCAUCCGAACCGCGGACUGCACCGAGCAUAUCUACCGGGACUUCGGCCGGGUGGAGAGCAGCGUGUUCAGGCUGCUCGACAAGCUGCCCGGCUUCGGGGAGAAAUGCAGGGGCUUCAUGACGAAGGCAGAGGAGAUCGGAGCCAGUCGUCGGAUGAACAGCCUCACACUGAACCGUCACACUGAGAUCCUGGAGAUCCUGGAGAUCCCUCAGCUCAUGGACACCUGCGUCAGAAAUGGGUACUACGAAGAGGCUCUGGAGCUGGCAGCAUACGUCAAGAGGCUGGAGAAGAAACACUCGUCACUCCCAGUCAUUCAGGGAAUCGUGCGUGAAGUGCGUCAGUCUACGCAGCUGAUGCUGAACCAGCUGUUGCAGCAGCUGCGCAGUAACUCGCAGCUUCCCGUGUGCCUGCGUGUGAUUGGUUACCUGCGGCGCAUGGACGUGUUCACAGAGGCGGAGCUGCGAGUCAAGUUCCUGCAGACCCGCAGCACCUGGCUGAACUCCAUCCUCGCUGCCAUCCCCGAAGACGACCCCUACUUCCACAUCACCAAAACCAUCGAGGCCUGCAGAGUCCACCUGUUCGACAUCAUCACCCAGUACAGAGCCAUCUUCUCGGACGAGGACCCGCUGUUGCCCCCCACCGAGGAUCAGGUGGUGGUGAACGAGAGCGCCAUCUUCUACGGCUGGGUGGUGCAGAAGGUGUCGGAGUUCCUGCAGACGUUGGAGAGGGACCUGCAGCGGGGCGUGGGGAGCCGGCUGGACUCUCUCCUGGGUCAGUGCAUGUACUUCGGCCUGUCCUUCAGCAGAGUGGGAGCGGACUUCCGUGGGCAGCUGGCGCCCAUGUUCCUGCGAGUGGCGGCGGACACGUUCAGCAGAGCCGUGGACGAGGCCGUGGUCAGGUUUGAGGAGGACAUGAACGUGUACACGCUGAUCGCUCUGCCCUCGGUGCUGGCGGGGACCAUCCCCACGGCGGCCCCCAGCUCCCAGCCCGGCGCCCUGCAGCCCCCCAUGUCUCUGCUGGACUUCCCGCCACUGGCCUGCUUCCUCAACAGCAUCCUGACUGCCUUCAACGACCUGCGGCUCUGCUGUCCCAUCGGGGCUGUAGAGGACGUCACCACGUCUCUGGAAGGCGGUCUGAAGAAGGUGACUGGUCAGAUCUUGGUAUUCCACCGGGCUGAGGAGUCGGCCUUCAGCGCCAAAGAGAAGGAACUCUUUGUCAAGUUCUGCUGCUGCUACGCUGAGGACCUGCUGCCGUUUCUCAACCACUGUCUGCAGGUUCUGCUUCCUCCGGCGCAGCUUGCUCUUAUUCUGGGCGUUCCUGUGACUCAGAUGCAGAAGUUUGGCAGACUGGGCUGCAUCGACGUCGCUGCGGUCCUUCAACCUCUGGACUUCCUGCUUCCACAGAGAGACACGUUGGCACUGGCACUGGAGAUCGACACCAGCGCUGAGCUCAGCAGCCUGAUGUUUGAGCCGCAGCACACAGACCCAGAACCAGAACUUACACUGAGCCAGUCUGAUUCUAGAACACCAGAAUCAGAGCUCGUUCCUGGAUUAGCAGAACUCAAUGAUGGAGAAGACGAAGGGCCAAAACAGGAUGAAGAGUUUUCUUUAGACUGAGCGUGCUUCUUUCUAUCCCUGUCUAUUUUUCAAACCCUGGGUUUAAGUUGGGAUCCAAAAUAAUUUAAUAUCAACUGUUGAUGUACACACAAAUACAUUGAACAGAUAUCGUCUGAACUUAGUCAGAACUUACUCUUUACUGGGUUUUAAUAAACAUUAACACAAGA